AUGCUGCUCCUGCUGUCCACGCUCGGCUGGCGCAUGGCCGCCGUGACGUCCUUCGACUACCUCCCCUGCUUCUCCUCCUUGCUCGACCGGCAAGGCGGCGGCAGCGAUGACGGCGAUGACCCUACCAAUGUCGCUCUCAAGUCCAUCGGGUUCAUCUUUGCCACAGUCGAAGCUGACAGUGGGCUGGAUUACAAACCAUCCACUAUGGCUGCACCUUCAAUCUUGGCUGCAUCCUAUGGAGCUCUGCUGACCAGAGAAGCAUUGAACAAGAAGAUGGGCUCCAUCCUGCCACAUUGUUUCAUUGACAUGGAGCAUGUACAUGCCAGCUAUAGCAUGAUGGUUGGCUCAAAUCCUCUCCAGGUAGUUGUAGUUCGCUCAUCAAAUCCUCUCCAGGCCAAGCUCGAGGCCGGCAACGUUAAGACGAUUGCCAUCAAGAAGCUGAGCAGGAGAGAUUCCAAGGCCACAGGGAGUGUCCCACGGAGGUGA